UUAACAACAAACCGGACGAGCAGCAGUCUGUCUGUGCUCCAGCAAAAUGGGUCGCUGUGUUUUUCUCAUUUUGGCGGCUUUAUUCUCCGUCACAUUGGCACAGUUUAUACCACCGUACACAGAGGACUGUCGGACAGAAAUGUAUCCACCAAAAGGUCCCACGUUCAGAGGAGCUGUCGGUUGGUACACAGUGGACCUCGACUUACCGCCCAGCAAGAGAUGGACGGCUCUGAUUACUGACAAAAAAACUGAGCUGGUCAACAUGAUUCAAGCCAUUAAAGACUUGGCUAAUGCUUUCGUUCCCAGUGGAAGGCUGAUUGAACUCGUAGACAUCACACUACCUUUAAUGGUGGACACACUUCCAAGCCCGUUCAAUGAUGAAAUCAAAGGAAUUGCAGAUGCUUCGGGGAUUCAUCUUGGUGAAGUCGUCUUGUUUAACAUCUUCUACGAGGUGUUCACUGUGUGCACAUCAGUUGUUGCCGAGGACAACAAGGGUAACCUCUUUCAUGGCAGGAAUUUGGACUUUGGCUUAUUUUUGGGCUGGGAUGUGAAAAACAAGUCAUGGUCCAUUAGUGAGAAGCUGAAGCCGCUAGUGGUCAACCUCGACUUCAAGAGAAACAACCGGACGGUCUUCAAGUCUACAAACUUUGCCGGAUAUGUGGGCAUGCUGACCGGCAUCAAGCCUCACGUUUUCACUCUGACUAUGAACGAACGCUUCAGCCUCGACGGAGGAUACAUUGGAAUUCUUGAAUGGAUCUUUGGACAGAGAGACGGGAUGUGGAUGAGCUUUCUCACUCGCUCUGUGCUGGAAAAUGCAAACAGCUAUGAGGAAGCCAAAAGUCGGCUGGCUCAGACCAAGAUGCUCGCUCCAGCCUACUUCAUCCUGGGAGGGAACAGCACAGGGCAGGGCUGCAUCAUCACCAGGUCCAGGCUGCUCAGCAUUGAUGUCUUGGAGAUCGACCUGAAGCUGGGCCGGUGGUACGUCCUGGAGACAAACUACGACCACUGGAAGGAGCCUUUGUUCCUGGAUGAUCGCAGGACUCCUGCCAUGAAGUGUAUGAACCAGACCACACAGGCAAGCAUCUCACUGAAGACCAUGUAUGAUGUGCUCUCAACCAAACCGGUGUUAAAUAAGUUGACCACAUACACAACACUCAUGCAAGUAUCUGAAGGCAAACUGGAGUCAUAUAUCCGGGACUGUCCAAACCCAUGCAUGCCCUGGUGAUCCUCCAGACACUGAUCACUUUGGGAAGGCUCAUCUACACGGAGAAAAGCUCAGCUGAUGUUGAGAGAAAAAAAUCAAAGCUUUAAGUUUUUGCACAGCAACUCAUCACCUGAACUGAUGUUUGUAACAGUGAUGUCAUUUUGACAUUUGUUUUGUUCUGUAGACAAUUUAGGAAUCCUUUGACAAUACUAAAUCCUACUUUAUGUGUUAAGAGGGAAAUUGGCACAAAAGUAAAUCAAACCUCCAAAUGUUUUCCCUCUGUUAUUAUACUGUAAUUAUAUUUGUAAUAUUUGAGGGCUGAGUCUAUCAGUGGAUCUAACUGUGGGCUUAGGGACCCCCAAGAUAAAUGCUAAUAUGUAUAUAAUUCAAUUAAUGCAAAAUAUUGUUGUUCUAUGUCAUGUUUCUCAAGUCCAAUUCACUGAAACAGUGAGGAAAUGUGUUAUGAUAACAGUUUAUUUAUGGGUACUGACCACAUGACUAUUGACCAUUUCACACACUGACCAAUGUACAUCAUUGCAAACCAACUCCUUUUUCACUUUUUUGAAUUGUAGUUAAUAAAAAGGAUCCCAAAGCGGA